AUGAAGAGCUUGAAGCACACUUUCUUGCAGCGUAUGAGGCUGAUUCACCACCUUGCUAAAGGUGGCGCCGUUGCCACCUUGGAUGCAUCGGCCUGGGACGAGCACCACACCGCCGACGAACUCAACUUGACCGUUCAAGUGAUCGUUGAGAUGGUGAAAGUCUUCGAUAUUGCUGUUGGCGCCGAGCUAGCUAAGGACAUGGACUCUGUGGAAUUUGUGACGGAGCCGGACGUGCUAAUCAUCCUCCAGGCAGAGAUCACCUACCACAAGCACGUCUCCACCCGCGCCAUGUUCUCGAUCGUGUCCUUCGUGCUAGACGAGGGGCAGUCGAGCACGCGCGGCUGGACCGGUGGCAUCACCAAGACCUUCGGUCUCGUGAGCCCGGCGGUGAAGGAGCUGCAGAAUUGGUCCCAAGACCGCGUGGAGGAGCUCGUGGCGCUGCAAGCCGAAGAUAAGCUUGAGGCCCCGCUGCCCCGCGAGUGGGAGCGGAUGAUCCACCACAGCUACUUCAAGACGGAUCAGAUCCCGAUCGCCGUGCGCUCCAUCGCGUCGCACCAGGCUUGCAGCAGCGUGCCCCGGGCAUGGUGGGGGGGGACGACAUGUGGGGCCGACAUGGCCAUCGAAGUGCCCUUUUCCCGUUGGAAUCACGAGGAGUUCUACGAUCCCACUCCGGAUUGUUGGAUGGAGAGCCAGAUGUACCCAGGCGGCUUCCUCAAGACCAACGUGAAGCACGUCCAGUUCAUCGAAGGCGUGGAGCUCUUUGACAACAAGUUCUUUGGCCUCUCGAACAUGGAGGCAGGCGGCAUGGACCCCAUGCAGAGGCACAUCAUGGAGACCAGCUACGAGUCGCUCUUCAAUGUCUAG